AUGUCUUCUAACCAAGAGUCCGUGGCUGUCAACAAACUCAAUUAUGGCUAUGGAGGUCCUCUUAUCCUCAAAGACCUUUCCCUUCAUUUAACAGCCGGAAGUAGGUGCAUUCUUGUCGGUGCUAAUGGAACCGGAAAGACGACAUUACUACGCAUCCUGGCUGGAAAGCGAAUGGUCGAAGGCGAUGUCAGAGUAUUAGGAAAGAGUGCAUUCAUUGAUGGUCCUGCUAACGUCACUUAUCUUGGUACUGAGUGGGCCAACAAUCCUGUAGUUCGCGCCGAUCUUACUGUCGAGUAUCUGUUGAAGAGUAUGGGAAGCAACCGCUGGCCUGAAAGAACCAAGACUCUUUUGGAUGUUCUUGAGGUAGAUACUACCUGGCGCCUUCACCAAGUCUCAGAUGGUCAGCGUAGACGCGUGCAAUUGGUAAUGGGAUUGUUGCAUCCCUGGAAACUGCUGUUGCUCGAUGAAGUGACCGUUGAUCUGGAUGUGUGGAUUCGUGCAGAGUUUCUAUCUUUUUUGAAGAGGGAGACUGAAGAAAGAGGUGCCACCAUUAUCUAUGCCACUCACAUCUUUGAUGGACUUGGUGAGUGGCCUACUCAUCUGGCUCACGUAAAUGAAGGAACUAUUCUGUCUUUGAAUCAAAUGAAUGACUUUAAAGAAUUGGAGGAGAUCAAGGCAUAUUACAGAGAGCACCAAUUGUUGGACUCCCCUCUUAUGGGACUUUGCUAUAGAUGGUUGCGUCAAGACAAGAUGGUCAGAAAAUCAGAACUGCCUAUUGACCCUGCUACUGGGUUACCUCACACACGAUGGGAUGAUCUUAGCGAGGAGAUGAAGAAGUAUGGAGACAAGUACUACAAUUACUGGAAAUAAUCCAUGUAGAUAGAAAAGUUCAUUUGGUGCAUUAAGAUUCGAGAGUAAAACUUUUGUAUAAUUUUUUUAUUUUUAUUAAAUUAGCACACGUAUAAAUUUUUGUAAUCUUUUGUGCUUGUGCCUUUGUUUCUUUUUAAUAAGAAGGGUUAAUGAAGAACCU